UUUUGAAAUGUCACAGCGGAAGCGGAGUCCGCUCAGUGCAGGGCCGGAGUGAGGGAUCAGCUCUCAGUGUUUCAGAGUGAAACAUUAAUAACGCCGUUUUUAAUCCGUCAUAAAGUUCAUAUUAAACGGCUUUAUUACUCAGCUACAGCGAAGAUGCCGCGGCGGAAGAGAAAUGCGUGCAGCAGCUCCGACGGUACGGAGGACUCUGAUUUCUCAGCUGAUCACACGGACAGCUCAGAGAGCGACGCUCAUGCUGCCAAAAACACUCGUCUCACGCGCUCCUCGCUCCGACUCAGCCAGAGCUCGCAAGAUUCCAGCCCUGUCGGGAGCUCGUCUGCUCUGGCCUCAGACGAGAUGAGCUUUUCAACCCGCCGAGUGACCCGCAGUCAACAGCAGGGGGAGCCGGUCGCAGCCAGGAAAAGCGAAAUCCCCCUGCGGCAGAGCGGCUCGGAGGCGGAGCGGCAUGGGGAAGUCUCAGACAGGGAUGCGAAGCAAGUGGCGGAUCAGGAUGAAUCGCCCCCCCGGACCCCCACAGGAAACGCCCACUCCUCUGAGUCUGAUAUCGACGUGUCCAGCCCCAACGUGUCUCAUGAUGAGAGCCUGGCGAAGGAGCUUUCGCUCAGAGAGUCCAGCCUGGCCCACCGGCCAAAACGCCGCCGCUUCCACGAGAGUUACAACUUCAACAUGAAGUGCCCCACGCCCGGCUGCAACUCGAUGGGUCAUUUAACCGGGAAACAUGAGAGGCACUUUUCCAUAUCCGGCUGUCCACUGUACCACAAUCUGUCAGCAGACGAGUGCAAGGUGAAGGCCAGUUCUCGGGACAAACAUGUGGAGGAGAGGACGCUGACCCACAGCCAGGAAGAGAAUCGACACUCCACACGCCAUCAGGCUCCUGUGGAGCGUCAGCUGCGCUAUAAGGAGAAGGUGACGGAGAUGAGGAGGAAGCGGAAUUCUACUCCUGUAAAAGAGCACAAAGAGAAAUACGUGGAGCACAGGCAGGCUCAUGGCUCGACUCGUGAGCCGCUGCUGGAGAACAUCACCAGUGAUUAUGACCUGGAGCUGUUUCGGAAAGCGCAGGCACGUGCCUCGGACGAUCUUGAGAAGCUGCGGCUCCAGGGUCAGGUGACCGAGGGCAGUAACAUGAUCAAAACCAUCGUGUUUGGACGCUACGAGCUGGACACCUGGUACCACUCGCCCUACCCUGAGGAGUACGCCCGGCUGGGACGCCUCUACAUGUGUGAAUUCUGCCUCAAAUACAUGAAGAGUCAGACCAUCCUCAGACGACACAUGGCGAAAUGUGUGUGGAAGCAUCCGCCGGGCGAUGAGAUCUACAGGAAGGCCGCCAUCUCCGUUUUUGAAGUGGACGGCAAGAAGAACAAGAUAUACUGCCAGAACCUGUGCCUCCUAGCUAAGCUUUUCCUGGACCACAAAACUCUGUACUACGACGUGGAGCCCUUUCUCUUCUACGUGAUGACUGAAGCAGACAACACGGGCUGCCACCUGGUGGGAUAUUUCUCCAAGGAAAAGAACUCCUUCCUGAACUACAACGUGUCCUGCAUUCUGACCAUGCCGCAGUACAUGCGACAGGGCUACGGCAAAAUGCUGAUCGACUUCAGCUACCUGCUGUCUAAAGUGGAGGAGAAGGUGGGCUCCCCUGAGCGGCCCCUGUCUGACCUCGGCCUCAUCAGCUACAGGAGCUACUGGAAGGAAGUGCUGCUGCGUUACCUGCAUAACUUCCAGGGUAAAGAGAUCUCCAUCAAAGAGAUCAGCCAGGAAACGGCUGUGAACCCUGUCGACAUCGUCAGCACCCUGCAGUCUCUCCAAAUGCUCAAGUACUGGAAAGGGAAACACCUGGUCUUAAAGAGACAGGACCUGAUUGAUGAAUGGAGAUCCAAAGAGUUGAAGCGUGGAAGCAGCAAGACCAUCGACCCCACAGCUCUGAAAUGGACCCCACCUAAAGGGACAUAGUGGAUCUCCAGCAUCUCUCCCAAACUUCCUCCGCUGCUCUGUGGUCACUCUAGAAUAGUUUUCCUGCAUAACAAGCUGUAGUCACUGUCUCCGCUACAGCCAGCAUGUUCUCACCGCUAACCGUAUCAUGUAAAAGGCUAGUUCAGUGUUUUACAGUCCUGCUCCUGAAGUCCCUGCACAACAUCCCGCUCCGUGGAGUCGACGGGCACGACAAAACCUUCGAUUUCACCCCCCGUGGACGGAGGAGUGCAGGCUGAACUAAAUGAAAAAUCAUAAACCGUCAAAGAAGUAUAAAUAUAGAGAGCAAAAUAUUGAGUGCUCUGAGGAGUGGGGUUCAGAAGCUUAAGAACAAGUGAAUAUCUAAAGGGGAAUUCCACCAAUUUUUCAAAAUUUCUACGUAAUUAAAUGGUCAAGAUGUAAACAGAGUCGUUCAGAGUGGUUUGGUGUGAAACGCUCUGUUCUAGAUAAAAUUACUGAGUCAGAGCUGUUCACAGUGGUGGUGAUAGGAACCAGACGUCCACCUCUAAAAGCUCCCUCACAGAAAGUUACUACAUGAAAUGGUUAUGAAUUCACUGCCUGAUGUCUGAGACACUGUUUUACAGUAGUUUUGUGAUAGAGUUUAGGCCUAAAAUGUCUUGUUAAUCCAUUAAGUUUAAUCCAUUGAUGGUGAAAGGAUACAUGCAGGGUGCUGUGAGGCAAAAUAGUCCCCAAAGAAAACUGAUUAUUUCAGAUUUUCCACUAUUUUCCCAUCAUCAACAUUCCAUAUAAACUCAGAAGACUUGUGUAGGUUCACUGGUGGUUCUGGAUAGUAACCCCUGGUUCCUAUCACCACCACUGUAAAGACAAAGAGUCUCUACAGUCAACCAUUUAACACCAAACUGCUUUGAAUGUGUGUGUGCUAUUGUUAUGAUACAAGCUUGUUGCGAUAGAAGAAACCUUUUUGGGGUUAUAUAGAACCCUUUUCAAAAAGGUCCUGUAGAGAACCAUCUAGAGCACUAUCUUCAUUGAUCUGAAGAACCAUUUUACAAUGCAAAUAACCCUUUACGCUCUCUCAGCGUGCUUCGUGCCAAUCCCCCACAGAUAAUGUCCGCCUGUCUCCAUAGAAAUGAAUGAGAGGUAAAAGUACAAUUUCCUCGGCUCACUUUUUCGUGAAUAAAUAAAAUGAGCAGUAGGACAACAGUAGAGGAAUAACGCAGGACUGCGGAACACUGAGCUAGCGGUAUACGCACAGCUAACGCUUCAGCAGUAGCAAUAUUACUACUUUUAUUGUCAGUGAAACAGCCAGUAGAACACCGUCAGUGCAAAACUGUGGAACCGAAUGGAAAACAUGGAACUACAGCUGCCACUGAAUGUUCAGCCUUGUUACUGAUGUCCACCGUUUCAACCUUCUAACAGUCAGCAUGUUUCCUUUAGCUACCUCUGUUUUUACUGUGAGUUUUACUACGUUCUCAAAUCUUGCGUGAGCGCUGUUGGUCACUGAAGGGUUCCGAUGCUUUACUUAAUAAUGACUAGAUAAGCUAAGCAGUUCUUUAAAAGAGGUUCUCAUUGUCUGUACUGUAUUUAUUUUACAGUAUAAAAAGGGCUGAGAUCAGAUAUGAAGGGCCUGUAGGUCAGUAUGAAAGGUUCUAGUUUGAUUAAAGGUCUAUUAUAGCUAGAAAUAACUCAUUGUACAAUGUUGGGAUGUAGCAGCGGGUUCUCGACCUGAACCUUUAACAUCACUUUUUGGGCAUCGCAAUAGUUUGUGCACCCCUGGUCAAAUGUUUUUUGUUGAUUGUCUAAGUGAGAAUAAGGUCCAGUCCCAUUUUGUAUUUUUACCCCUACCCCUUGUUUUCGAGUGUUGCUCCUUGGAACUGAGUUACA